AUGACGGUGUCCAGAUUGCGAGUCAGGAACUUGCAAACUUCGUGGAGUUGUUUGAAGUCAAACUUGGGACCAGACUCGGUCUGCUUCACAAAGGUAGGCAGUGCCAGAGACCCCAGGUUGCAAACAGCAGUCUCCUUAUCAGAAGAAUACUCGACAAUCUCACAACAGAGAUUGGACGAUUUGAUGGUCCCCAAAUUCUGUUGA